AUGAGAAGCGUACCGUGGAAUCCAGCUAUUUCAAAUUCCAUAGUAACAGUCUCUGGAAGAACAUACUCCAGAUCUUUUAGUUCACUAAAUACACACCAUAGUCUAAUUAAUAACAAAAAUUUAUGUUUUAACAGAUUUAAUAUUUAUAUUAAAAGCUCACAGUUUAACACCAACUGUAAAUACAAUAAAUGUCAUGUCAAUUAUAUACAUACGUCGGCUCCAAGAUACACAAAUGACCCAUACAAAGUACUGGGAGUCAGCAGAAACGCAACAAACGAUGAAAUAAAGAGGAAGUUUAGAGAAUUGGCGAAAAAGUAUCACCCAGAUUUGAACCCCUCACCAGACGCUAAGCAGAAGAUGGCACAAAUAACAAGCGCAUACGAAUUGCUGUCAGAUCCUAAAAAGAGGAAAGUAUAUGAUCAAACGGGGAUGCAGUCAGAAGACGCAGGAUUUGAUCCAUCAGCAGGAGGGUUCGGAGGUUUCUCAGGGUUCGGAGAUUCGUCGUUCAUGUUCACGGAUUUCGCGGAAAUGUUCUCGAGAAUGGCCUCAGGAACAGGCACAUCAUUCACAGGGUCCUCGAGGGGAGAAGAUAUACAGACGGAGAUAACAAUAAGUUUCAUGGAAGCAAUACGAGGUUGCACGAAGAACAUAACGGUGCCAGCAAGAGUGUCAUGUAACGACUGCCACGGACUGGGAAGACAACCAGGAACGUCAAUAGACGUGUGUAAAGUGUGUAACGGAACAGGUAAGAUGAUAACAGUAAUGACUGUUAAACCAGGAGUGCAAAGAAUGGAAAGAGGACCAAUAAUAAUAGGAGUGCCCUGUAGAACAUGUAACGGAAGCGGACAAGUAGUGCCGUACCCAUGUAAAGCAUGCGGAGGCUCAGGAGAUAGAGCACAGACGAAGUCCGUGAGCGUAGACCUGCCAGCAGGAGUGAGAAGCGGAAUGCAAAUGAGAAUACCGAACCAAGGGCACGUGGGAAUGAGAGGAGGAAAAAACGGACACCUGUUCGUAAACAUAAACAUACAGCCGCACCCAAUAUUCAAGUGGAUCGACGACGAUAUACACGUAAACGUGCCAAUAUCAUUGAAGCAGUGCCUGCUGGGAGGAAGUAUACAAAUACCGACACUGGAAGGAUCAACAACAGUGUCGUUGGUGCCGAACUCGCAGCCAUCAUUCGUAAAAACGCUGAAAAACAAGGGACCGCCGAAAGUAGAUAGCAGAAAUAACGGAAAUCUGAUAAUACACUUCGAGUUGAAGCUGCCAGAGUCACUGACGGUGAAGCAGAAGGAACUGAUAGAAGAAUUCGAAAAGGAAACAAUGGCAAACAGUAAAAGCGGAGGAGAAGAAUACGCUCAAGGAGAGUCCUCUAAAUGGUGGAAGAGAGUAGUAGGGAACAAGGGGUGA